ACAGUGUAUAUAGUAAUGGGGAGUUGUGUGCAAAACACAGAACUCAUUAUUUUAUUAUUUAUUUAUUUUUUUUUACUUGGCUUUUCCGCUGACUCGGAUUCAACAGAUGGUGACCUAGAUGAGCUGGUGGACGAACUUAAUGAAGGAAAAAUGUUGUAUGCAGCAAUUAAAGUCAUGGAUCCAAACACAAACCUUCCAAAGAUUGUUUUCAUAAAUUGGCAAGGAGAGGGAGUGCCUUCCUCAAGGAAAGGGGUCUGCGCUAACCAUGUCAGAGAUGUUGAAAAGUUUUUCAGGGGAGCCCAUGUAACCAUCAAUGCAAGAUCUUCAGAUGAUGUUGAAGAAAGUAUUGUACUUGACAAAGUUAAAAAGGCUUCAGGUGCAAACUACAGUUUCCACAAAGAGAAGGCAAAACCUGCAGAACCCAUUGCCCCAGUGGGUUCUGUAUAUCAGAAAGUGAAGAUUCAAAAGGAAAUUGACGUUCAGCAACGAGAUCAGUUCUGGUCCCAGUCUGAGGAAAACGAGAAGAGAAGAAAAGAGCAAGAACGAAAACAAGCCAUUGCAGAAAAGAAUGAAGCAGAGAGAAAAAGAAAAGAGAGAGAGGCAAAAGAGGCUGAAGCAAGAGAGAAGCAAUACAGAGAAAGAUCAAGGAGCAUCGAAGAACAAAAGAAGAAACAAAGAGAAGCAGAAGAAAAGAAAAAAGAGGAGGAAAGAAAACGAUGGGAGCACCAACAAGUGGAAGAUGAAAGGGAAAUGGAACAAGAAAAACAAAGAUCAAAUUCCUUACGGCAGGCUCGGUUAAAGGAAGCAGAAUCCCUCAUUCGUCAAGGACAGGAUGAGAAACCCAGAUUCCAAGAAAGGACAGGCCCUCCAGCCCCACCGACUAAGGCAAGGCCACCAGCUAGAAAACCACCCCCUCAAGUGCAGCGACGUCAACCAGAACCUGAACCAGAACCAGAGCCGGAACCAGAGGUGGAGCCAGAACCAGAGCCCCUUCCUACUGAGCCUGAACCUGAGCCGGAACCAGAACCGGAACCUGAACCAGAGGAAGAACCUACAGACUUCUAUGAGAAUGUUGAAAUGCCUGACACUCAGCCGGACUCCACUUACGAUAUGCCAGAGGAACAGCUACCAGAGGAAAAGGCGAGUUAUGAAGCAGUAGAUGAUGUACCAGCAGAGAGGGAAGCUGAACCUGCAGCCUAUGAUGACAAUCUGUAUGACAAUAUGGGCAUGGAUACAGCACCUGGACAGCCUCAGGCCCCAAGUGGAGAUCAAGGAAAAACUGCAAAGGCCUUGUAUGAUUAUCAAGCAGAAAAUGAUGAGGAAAUUACCUUUGAUCCCGGAGACAUAAUAACUGAAGUCGAUCCAUUUGACGAGGGCUGGUGGAGAGGGCGUGGUCCUGAUGGACACUUUGGCAUGUUCCCCUCUAACUAUGUGGAACUUAUCGAAGGGCCUAGUGCAGUGGCCCAUGAACCAGAACCAACCCCUGUUGUAGAGGAGGAUAGAGGUCUACAAGCAAGAGCAUUGUAUGACUACCAAGCAAGUGAUGACACAGAGAUUACUUUUGAUCCUGACGACAUCAUUACAAAUAUUGAACAGAUCGAUGAAGGCUGGUGGCGAGGGCAAGCACCUGAUGGUAGUGUUGGGUUAUUUCCCGCAAACUACGUGGAGUUGAUCUCUUGAAAAGAAUUGUGUGAUCUCAUUAGUUUAUGCAACUUUGAGUUUUUCACGGCUGUUUGUAGACUGAUCCACGCUACUUUGUUGCAUUAACUUUUGACAACUUUUCAUUGAUUUCUUAGUCAAAAUCUAUGAAGUCUUAAGGGGGGAAGCUGUAAUAAAUACAUGUAACUGUAACAACCUUCACCCCAAACUUUUUAGAAUUUGUUGGAGUCAAGAACAGAAAAAGAGAACUCUCAACCCACAGGCAAGAAAGUUGUAAAGCAGAUAACAUGUGCCAGCUCUGUGUUUUGGUUUACCAAAGAUUAUAAUUUAAAGUUAACAACAUUAAUAAAAUUAUCUAGAUGCAAUAUUACUCCAAUCGAAUAGCUUUAAGCUAGGGAAAAAAAUUAGUUACAUUAAAGUGAUUGAUUUUGCCAUCCAACCUUUUGUAUACAGAUUUUUAUUUUUGAGACCAAAAUCAGUUUCCCUAUGCAAAAAGUGUCUGAUUAUGAAGCAUUCUUUGGUAAUUUCAGUGUAUUUGUAUGAUUGUUCUUAAUUGAGACAAGUUAUUUCAUUGUUGCUGUUGGCCAGAAUGCACAGUAUGUCACAGGACAAUCACAUUCUUGACCAAAAAAAGCAUAAAACAGGGUAACAGUGUGCAGUCGUGUGCAAUCUCAUAGUAGUGCAAAAUAUAAACCGCAGGGAGAACAAUUUUGUAUAAAUAUACAAAUAAUGUUAGGUAAUUUUGAAAUUAAAUUUAAAGUUGUAUUUUGUUAGAAGUUGA